CUGAGUUCAGGGCGGAGGUCUGCAGCUGCUUAGAAAACUUUGUCUCCAAUUCUCCAGACUUCAGAACUUUUCCUCUCCUCCUCCUCCACCUCCUCCUCUUCUUCUUCUUCGUCUGUUUUUUUUAAUUACAUAUUUCUUUACUUUUGGCCUCCAUCAUGUCUGGAGUGGCCUCUACCCUGGCGAAGAAGCGCGCGCUCGCCGCGGGCUUUGGCACCAAUGCGAACGCGUCCCGGUACCUGAACCAGGACUUCAACACCCUGAGGGCCCAGUGCCGCUCAGCGGGGAAGCUCUUCUGUGACCCCACCUUCCCUGCUGCUCCGGAGGCCCUGGGCUUCAAGGACUUGGGCCGGAACUCUUACAAGGUCCGGGGGGUGACCUGGAAGAGACCCACGGAGCUGGUGUCAAACCCAGAGUUCAUCGUGGGUGGAGCUACAAGGACGGACAUCUGUCAGGGAGCUCUGGGUGACUGCUGGCUGUUGGCGGCCAUCGCCUCUCUGACCCUGAAUGAGUAUGUGAUGGCCCGAGUUGUGCCCUCCGACCAGGGCUUUGGAGACGACUACGCUGGAAUCUUCCACUUCCAGUUCUGGCAGUUUGGAGAGUGGGUGGAUGUGGUGAUUGACGACCGUCUGCCCGUUAAAGAUGGAGAGCUGAUGUUUGUCCACUCAGCAGAGGGGAGAGAGUUCUGGAGCGCUCUGCUGGAGAAAGCCUACGCUAAAGUGAAUGGCUGCUAUGAAGCUCUGUCUGGAGGCUCCACCACUGAGGGCUUUGAGGAUUUCACCGGGGGAAUUGCUGAGAACUAUGACCUCCAAAGACCUCCAUCUAACCUGUUCUACAUCAUCAAGAAGGCUCUGGAGGCCGGCGCUCUGUUGGGCUGCUCCAUCGACAUCACCAGCGCUGCAGACUCAGAGGCCGUCACGCGUCAGAAGCUGGUUAAAGGCCACGCCUACUCACUGACAGGCGCCGUAGAGGUGAACUAUCGUGGCCGGAAGGAGAAGCUGGUGAGGAUGAGGAACCCAUGGGGACAGGUGGAGUGGACCGGGGCAUGGAGUGACGGAUCUUCAGAGUGGAACCAAGUGCAGGGAGACUGUCCACACGCUAACGCAGAGGACGGAGAGUUCUGGAUGUCCUACAAUGACUUCCUGCGUCACUACUCUCGUAUCGAGGUGUGCACGCUGACCCCCGACGCCAUCGGAGACGACUCCGUCAAACACUGGAGCGUCAGCAAGUUUGAUGGCACCUGGAGGAGAGGAUCCACGGCAGGGGGCUGCAGGAACCAUCCCUACACAUUCUGGACCAACCCUCAGUUUGUGAUCAAGCUGGAGGAGGAGGACGACGACCCGGACGAUAACGAGGUAGGCUGCAGCUUUGUGGUCGGUCUGAUCCAGAAGAACCGCAGGAAGCUCCGGAAACAAGGAGAGGACAUGCACACAGUGGGGUACGCCAUCUACGAGGUCCCACGGCAGUUCCAAGGUCAGAAGCAGGUCCACCUGGAUAAGAACUUCUUCCUGACACAUGCUCAGACGGCGCGGUCCGAGACCUUCAUCAACCUCCGAGAGGUCAGCUCACGCCACAAGCUGCCCCCAGGAGAGUACCUGAUCGUCCCGUCCACCUUCGAGCCGCACCUUAAUGGAGACUUUUGCAUCCGCGUGUUUUCUGAGAAGCAGUCAGAGACCGUACCGUGUGAUGAUCCAGUGAGCGCUGACCUGGAGGAUGAGACGGUGUCAGACGACGACGUGGACGCAGGAUUCAGAGGACUCUUCACCAAACUGGCCGGAGACGACAUGGAGAUCUCUGCGACCGAGCUCCGGACCAUCAUGAACAAGAUCGUUGCCAAACGUUCGGACAUAAAGACUGACGGUUUCAGCAUGGAGACGUGUCGGAUCAUGGUCAACCUGAUGGAUGACAGCGGGAACGGGAAGCUCGGUCUGGGAGAGUUUGCCACGCUGUGGAAGAAGGUGCAGAGAUACCUGUCGCUCUACAAGCAGAACGACUCGGACAACUCGGGGACGAUGAGCACUCCAGAGAUGAGAGUGGCCUUCAAAGAUGCAGGUUUCACGCUCAAUAACGCCAUCUACCAGCUGCUGGUGGCUCGAUACUCCGACCCCGACAUGACCAUCGACUUCGAUAACUUCGUGGGCUGUCUGAUGAGGCUGGAGAUGAUGUUCAAAAUCUUCAAGAAACUCGACCCUCAUGACAGCGGCUCCAUCGAGCUCGACUUCUUCCAGUGGUUAAGCUUUGCCAUGAUCUGAGCCGCUGCCCCGUCCAUUCUCCUGGAGCGCCAACAUUACAGCAGAAUGCCAUACUUUCUGUUUACAGCUUCUCUUCCUGUCAAUGCUAAAGAUUUCUCCAUAACUCUGUAUCCUGUACACUAGCUGACUGAUUGAGUCGAUGUAAAUCAAUGAAUCUAUCAAUAAAGUUUUAACGACC